AUGGGGACACACUUGGCUAGCCGGGCCUCAGACAGUGAGUGCCGGGUGCAGCAGGAGGCGCUAACUCUCCCCUACCCGCUGUUUGUCGCGCUGAACAUUGGCCCGGCGCUUGUGGCUGCCUUUCUUGGCUCUUAUGUGGAGUACACAGGCUUUGAGUCAAUGCUGUGUGAUGCUGUUGCUCUCAUGUGCCCAGCGAUAUCAAAAACCCGUGGCUGCCGGCAGUGGCAUCCCGCAGGUCAAGUGUUACCUGAAUGGCGCCAAGGUGUCCCGUGUGGUGAGGAUCAAGACCCUGAUGAGCAAGGCCGUGGGGGUGACCUUCUCUGUGCUGGGAGGCCGGGUCGUGGGAAAGGUCAGGUCGUGGGCAAGGUCUGUGGCCGUGAGCUGACCACCAAGAUGCUGCUGCCCACGGUGCCGGCCAUGGCCAAGGGCAGGGUGGCCAGGACUACAGAUGAUGGGCCACUCCUAGACAAAGAGGACCUGGACACACUGUUCUGCGGCACCAGCAGCAGCAGCCUGCACAUCCAUGGCCUGCAGGAGGAGGACGAGGGGACGUACAGGUGCUGGGCGGAGAACAGGGACCUGGACACACUGUUCUGCGGCACCAGCAGCAGCAGCCUGCACAUCCAUGGCCUGCAGGAGGAGGACGAGGGGACGUACAGGUGCUGGGCGGAGAACAGGGACCUGGACACACUGUUCUGCGGCACCAGCAGCAGCAGCCUGCACAUCCAUGGCCUGCAGGAGGAGGACGAGGGGACGUACAGGUGCUGGGCGGAGAACAGGGAGGACUCGCCGUGGCCCACAUACAGGUCCAAGUUGCUCCGAGGUUUCUGAGGCAGCCGGCCAACGCUCUCUGCCUAUGAGAAGGAGAACGUGGAGCUGGAGUGCAGCGUGUACGGCCAGCCAGAGCCCUCGCUCCACUGGCUCAAGAACGGCGAGCUGCUGGUGGAGACGGAAUACCUUCAGAGAACGCGUCCAGAACGUGAGUGCAGCUCCUCCAGCGAGGGACGGGAUGAAUACAAGACCCAGAUCAGCGACCUAAGUCCCGGGAGUAACUACAUGGUGCGGGUGGCGGCCCACACCUCCGGCGGCCUGGUGGGCGCCUCCAUACACGAGGUGCGGG